GAUUCCUCGAAGGCUCCAGUCAAGCUCGUCAAGGUCACCCGAGUCCUUGGCAGAACCGGUUCUCGUGGUGGCGUUACCCAGGUGCGCGUUGAGUUCAUGGACGAUACCACCCGUUCCAUCAUUAGGAACGUGAAGGGUCCCGUUCGCGAGGACGAUAUUCUGGUUCUUCUCGAAUCCGAGCGCGAGGCCCGC